GUCAAGUGGCAAACGCCAACGCGCACCCAUCGCACGCCCGUCCGUCUGCCCGUCAACAAAGGCGCUUCCAACUGUCAGAGCCCUGAAACCAAUAGAAGUCAAAGCAGAAAACACUCAAAGCGCGACUGUAUGGAAAUGAUGUCUGCGGUGUCAAAAUCCCUUUUACUGAUGGGACUCUGCUUCGCCUUACUGUCGCCGGGCCCCACAAACGCACUCGAAUGCUAUGUUUGCACGUAUUUGGACGGCUACAGUGAUGACUCCUGUGUGACCAACGCCAGUGCCGUGAAGGUGCUCAAUUGCCACAAGAAAUACUGCCUCACGAUGCGGCAGGAGUCGAUUCGCAAUGCGAGCAAAGUGAUAUCCUUUUUACGUGACUGCCAGGAUAAGCCAAUGAUGCCGAAUGGAAACACGCCGGACGGAUCGUUCCGUACCUACUACAACUCCUGCCAACAGAAUCUGUGCAAUGGUCACAACGGACGCAUCAAUAACUCCACGGGUGGCUCGGCCAGCAGCAGCGGCAUCCACAAUGCCAUUGUACCGGGCAAGAAUACGGCCCACAGCACGGGUCAUGGCAAUCGCUAUAGUUUCGCAUUCGGGUUCGGCCUAUUCAUUCUGUUAUCUAAUCGCCUUUGCUUCUGCAAGUAGCUUGAGCGUUGUCCAUACAAAGGCCAAAGGCAAUUCCAAAAGUAUGGAAUAAAAAGUUCAAACUCAAUCUGUGCUGAC